AUGGCACCUUCCGCUGUCACAACUACUGAAACAACAUCCAACUUUCAUACAAAGUUUGAGGCAGCCCCUCACCUUGAUCUUCAUGGCGUCUCUUCUCCGAAGGGUCUAGUGGGCGAUGCCCUCAAGAACAGGGUCGAGAACAUUGAUCACGAAACAUGCGAAUCUGGCGAGGAGGAUGCCUUCUUCGUCGCUGACCUGGGCGAUGUCUACAGGCAGCACAUGAGAUGGAAACUGAACCUUCCACGCGUCAAGCCGUUCUAUGCGGUCAAGUGCAACCCCGACCCCGAAAUCGUCCGCCUCCUCGCCGAGCUGGGAACCGGCUUUGACUGUGCCUCCAAGGCCGAGAUCGAGCAGAUCCUCAAGAUGGGCGUCGACCCCGCCCGCAUCAUCUACGCCCAGCCCUGCAAGACCAAGUCAUACGUGCGCUACGCCGCCGACAGCGGCGUCAAGAAGAUGACCUUCGAUAACACCGACGAGCUCUACAAGAUCAAAAGGUUCUUCCCCGACGCCGAGCUCUUCCUCCGCAUCAUCACCGACGAUGCCUCCAGCCUGUGCCGCUUCAGCAUGAAGUUCGGAGCUUCUUUGGAUACCACCGUCGAGCUCCUCGCCCUCGCCAAGGAACUAGGCCUCAACGUCGUCGGCGUAAGCUUCCACGUCGGCUCCGGCGCCGGCGACCCUCUCGCCUUCCUCAAAGCCGUCCGCGACGCCCGCACCGUCAUGGACCAAGCCGCCACCCAAGGCUUCUCCCUCAAAACCGUCGACGUCGGCGGGGGCUUCUCAGGGGAGAACUUCGAAGCCAUGGCAGCUGUCCUGCGCGAGGCACUGGAUGAAUACAUCCCCGCGCACGUCGCCGUCAUCGCCGAGCCGGGCCGCUACUACGUCUCCUCCGCCUUUACGCUCGCCUGCAACAUCAUCGCGCGCCGCACCGUGACCAACCCCGACACGGCCGAGAACAGCUACAUGGUCUACCUCAACGACGGCGUCUACGGCAACUUCAGCAGCAUCAUGUUCGACCACCAGAACCCGAUUGCGCAGGUCCUUCGCGCCGGCGACGUCUCGCUGCAUGGCACUGCCGCUGCGCAAUCCGCGGCGGGGGGGACGGAGUACUCGAUCUUCGGCCCGACGUGUGAUGGGAUCGAUCAUAUCACCAAGAGCAUCCGCUUUGAGCAGACCCUGGAUGUGGGGGAUUGGUUGUACUUUGAGGAUAUGGGCGCGUAUACCAAGUGCUCUGCUACCCGCUUCAAUGGGUUUACCGAUGCGCAUGAGGUUAUUUAUGUUUCCAGCGAGCCGGGGGCGAAGGCGCUGCUAGGCAUGAAGUAG